AACAUCCAAGUCCUCACGCGGAAGCAUUCCAUACCAUAGAGAGAGGGGACUUGUGGGGAUGACUUGUCUUAAAUUUACAAUCCACCCUUUCUCUCUCAAUUCUAAGCAAAUUAAAGAGAAAAAAAAUGGUCCUAGCGCGGAGAUGGCCCAUACCACUGAGACUUUUAAGGUUGAUUUAAAAGCAGAAAAUUGAUGAACUGAUAACAGAACAUCAGCGAAGGGAAAGUGAAGAUUGCAGAUCUUUGAAAAGUCUUAUCUUUGCUAGACUCGAAAUGGCUGCUGGGAAGUAUCAAGAAUCCUACUCUUCACGGUUUCCUAAUUGUAAAUAUCAAGUGUUCUUGAGUUUUAGAGGUGAAGACACCCGCAAGAACUUUACCGAUCACCUCUACACGGCCCUGGUUCAAGCAGGGAUUCACACAUUUAGAGAUGAUAAUGAAAUUCGGAGAGGAGAGAAUAUAGAUUUCGAGCUCCAGAAGGCAAUACAACAAUCAAAAAUAUCGAUAAUCGUGUUCUCCAAAGACUAUGCUUCGUCGAGAUGGUGCCUCGAUGAACUUGUAAUGAUCAUGGAACGUAAGAGGAAUGCUGACUGCAUAGUUUUGCCAAUAUUCUAUGAUGUGGAUCCAUCCCAAGUCGGACGUCAAACAGGGAGCUUCUCUGCAGCAUUUGUGGAACAUGAAAAGAGCUUCAACAAGGAGAUGGAGCGGGUGAAUGGGUGGAGGAUUGCUUUAAAGGAAGUGGCUGAUUUAGCUGGAAUGGUUCUAGGAGAUGGGUGCGAGGCACCGUUUGUCCAAUCUAUUGUGGAGAAUAUCUCAAAGAAUUUGGAUCAAAAAAUGUUUCAUGUACCCCCUCAUUUCAUUGGAAGAGAUCCUCUAGUACAAGAUAUCAACUCAUGGUUGCAAGAUGGAUCCCAUGGUGCUGCCAUUGCUUUACUCUAUGGAAUUGGUGGAGUUGGAAAGACGACCAUAGCUAAGAGUGUUUUUAACCAGAACUUUCAUAAAUUUGAAGGAAAGAGCUUUCUAUCAAAUUUUAGGUCAAAGGAUAUAGUUUGCCUACAGAGGCAACUUCUUUUCGACAUCCUAAACAAGACUGUUGAGAUAAAUGAUCCUGAUGAAGGAAUUUUGAAGAUUAAGGGUGCAUUAUGUUGUAGAAGAACUCGUAUUGUUCUAGAUGAUGUGGACAAAAGGGACCAAUUCAAUAAAAUCAUUGGCAUGCAAAUUUGGCUUUGUAAAGGAAGUAAAAUCAUUGUAACAACCAGAAAUAAGGCUUUGUUUUCAGCUAAUGAUAUUGAGGGGGUCCGGUUUAUUGGUUCUUCAUUGUCUGGAAAAGAAAGAGAGAUAUGGGAAAGCGCAUUACAACAAAUGGAAGUGAUUCCUAAUUUUGAAGUUCAAAAGGUUCUUCGAAUAAGUUACGACUUUCUUGAUGGUGAUUAUCCGAAGAACUUAUUCCUUGAUAUCGCAUGUUUCUUCAAUGGAAUGGAUGUGGAUGAUGCAGUUAGGAUACUGGAUGGGCUCGAUAAAGGUGCAAGAUUUGGGAUUGACAAUCUCAUCGAUAGAUGUCUUGUUGAAAUCAACAGUGAUCAAAGGUUGUGGAUGCAUCAACUAGUAAGAGACAUGGGUAGGGAAAUUGCUCGUCAAGAAUCACCCAAAUGUCAAAGAAUAUGGCAUCAUGGGGAUGCUUUUACAGUUUUGAAAGGAACUACUGAUGCUCAAAAAUUACGCGGCCUUACCAUUGAUAUGCAUGCAUUAAUGGAAGAUCAUUAUGCAGAAGUUGUCUGUACUGAUUCAAUGGUUUGUCGCAAGCGCCGCAGGCUUAACUUCUUUCAACAAUGGCUUUCCGAUUUUUCCGAUGGGGGAAAAUUACAAACUGGCCAAACAAGUUUGUUUCCCAUCCUCAGCACGGAUGCUUUUAGAAAGAUGCCAGAUGUAAAAUUUCUCCAACUAAACUACACUAAUUUUCAUGGAAGUUUUGAGCACUUUCCCAAGAAUUUGAUAUGGUUAUGUUGGCAUCGAUUGUCUUGGAGAUCCAUACCAAAUCACAUAUGCUUGGAGAAGCUGGUGGUUCUUGAUCUAUCCAGAAGUUGUCUAGUUGAUGCUUGGAAGGGCACACCGUUUCUUUCAAAAUUGAAAAUUCUUGAUCUCCGUCAUUCUCGUGAUCUCAUUAGAACCCCAGACUUCUCGGGUCUCCCAGCCCUUGAAAAGCUAAUACUUGAAGACUGCAUCCGUUUGGUUCAAAUUCACGAAUCUAUUGGUGAUUUACAAAGAUUGUUGAUCUUAAAUCUAAGAAAUUGUACAAGUCUUAUGGAGCUUCCAGAAGAAAUGAGUAGAUUGAAUUCACUUCAAGAGCUGGUUUUAGAUGGUUGCUCAAAUCUUAACAGCCUGAAUAUGGAGCUAGAGCAUCAUCAGGGGAGCAAGUUGCUUCAAAGUGAUGGAAUUGUUGCAAGUACAUCAUUCAUUUCAUCUCUUCCAUUGAAGCUAUUCUUUCCCUCUAGGUUUUCAACGAGGAAAAUGUUGAGAUUUACCUUGUUUUCACUGCCACGCUUCUUGGAGACUCUAGAUUUAAGUGGAACUCCAAUUCGUUUUCUUCCAGAAAGCAUCAAGGAUCUUGGUCUACUCAGAGCCCUAUAUUUAAGAAAUUGCAAAAUGCUUCAGGCACUCCCAAAGCUUCCAUCCCAUUUGGAUUUGUUAGAUGUGUCCUUUUGCAAUUCACUGCAAAAAGUUCGAACUCUAAACCCUUGGACUAAAGCAGAUGGUUGUGAUCAAUUAGUCAAGUUCCAAGAUCGGAUAAAGCUAGAAUUAAUCCAAAAGUUUGACUCACACAUGUUCAGAAUCAUGGAAAUGGUUAGUGCUCAAAUACAGCCAUCGAGAUUUCAGAUAACAGUUAUAGAUGGCAUAUUCAACGUUGUCGCAUAUGGAUUUGAUGAAGAUGAGGAGUUAAGGGAGUUUUAUGAGGAGAAAGAAGAGGAUAAAUGGCUAAUUCAGAAUGAGUUUACAGAUAACUUUUCAUUCAAAAUAUCCUCACCUCCUGUGCACCGGAUAUGUGGCUUUAAUUUGUUCACAAGGUUUUGUAUGAUGUCAGGGUACAGUAGCUAUGAAAAACUUGGUAUUGAAAUCAGAAACAAUACCAGUGGCCAGUCCUUGCGUCGUCAAGCCCGUGUCUUAUAUAUGCGUUUCGAGGAUGAGGUUUGUGAAAUCCAAUCGCUAUGCCACUGGAAAUUAGGGGGCGAUGAUCCUACAUUUGAUAAUGGUGAUGACGUGACAAUUUCAGUGGUUGUCACGUCAGCUAUCCUAAUAAGGACGGUUGGUGUACAAUGGUUGCAUGAAGAGGAAGGGAAGGAUGAUGAUAUCCAAUCAAAGGAUGGAGUUAUCAAUGCCCCCAACAGUAGCGAUGAUGAUGAUGAUGCAGCACACGUAGCCAAAGUAGAAAUAGCUUCUCGUAUUUUUAGAAAUUAUUACUGUGCUUUCCGUGUAGAAUUUAAUGGGGGCGAUUUGGCUUGGUGGUUUUUUGCAAAGAAAGGUCUUGAACUUGAAUUAAUUUAGGAUUCAUUCAGUAGAGUUCUGUGUUUUUGGAUUUCAAGCAUAAAAAAAAUAAAAAAAAGCUUGAAAGCUUUUGAGAGAAUUUUUUUAAAAAACAAAAUCAUGAAAAGAGUUUUGUA